GGGAGCUUUAAAGCAAUCGAUGGCACGCGGUGGCUCCUCACUUCCUGGUUGAAGAUGGCGGAUGAGAAUGAGACAGCACCGAUGCCGGAGAAAGAAGAUGUAGAGGACCACGGACACUGCAGCGACUGUGAAAAUGAAGAGCACCACUUUGACGAUGGUGACAGGGGUCUGGGUGACGACACUGGUGCCAAGAAGAAGAAAAAGAAGCAGAGAAAGAAGAAGAAAUCUGGUGCCACAGAAGCAGCUCAGGACCCACUUGCCAAGGUGAAUUCGUUGCCAGCUGAUAAGCUACAGGAGAUCCAGAAGGCCAUUGAACUGUUCUCUGUAGGCCAAGGCCCUGCCAAAACCAUGGAGGAGGCAUCUCGGAGGAGUUAUCAGUUCUGGGACACGCAGCCUGUGCCCAAGCUAGGGGAGACCGUGACAUCACAUGGCUACAUUGAACCUGACAAAGACAACAUUCGUGAGGAGCCCUACAGCCUCCCACAGGGCUUCAGCUGGGACACCCUCGACCUUGGGAACCCUGCUGUGCUCAAGGAGCUUUACACGCUUCUCAAUGAGAAUUAUGUUGAAGAUGAUGACAACAUGUUCCGAUUUGACUACUCCCCCGACUUCCUGCUCUGGGCCUUGCGGCCCCCUGGCUGGUUGCCCCAGUGGCACUGUGGCGUGAGGGUUAACUCUAACCAGAAGCUGGUAGGCUUCAUCAGUGCCAUUCCUGCUACAAUCCGUAUCUACGACAUAGAAAAGAAGAUGGUUGAGAUCAAUUUCCUCUGCGUCCACAAGAAGCUUCGCUCCAAACGGGUCGCUCCGGUUCUGAUCAGAGAAAUCACCAGACGGGUCAACCUGCAGGGUAUCUUUCAGGCCGUCUACACUGCUGGAGUGGUACUGCCCAAACCUGUGGGCACAUGCAGGUACUGGCAUCGCUCUUUGAACCCACGCAAACUAAUUGAGGUGAAGUUCUCCCACUUGAGCAGGAACAUGACUAUGCAGCGAACCAUGAAGUUAUAUCGCCUGCCUGAGGCUCCUAAGACUCAAGGUCUGCGGCCGAUGACCAAGAAGGAUGUGCCGGUGGUGCAUCGCCUGCUCCGUGAGUAUCUGAGCCAGUUCAACCUGGUGCCUUCCAUGAACCAGGAAGAGGUAGAACACUGGCUGCUCCCCCGUGAGAAUAUUAUCGACACUUAUCUGGUGGAGAGUGACGGCAAGGUGACUGAUUUCCUGAGUUUCUACACACUGCCCUCCACCAUUAUGAACCACCCUGUGCACCGCAGCCUAAAAGCAGCAUACUCCUUCUACAACGUGCACACCGUCACCCCCCUUCUUGACCUGAUGUCCGAUGCCCUUAUCCUGGCCAAAUCGAAAGGGUUUGAUGUCUUCAAUGCACUGGAUCUAAUGGAAAACAAGACUUUCUUGGAGAAGCUCAAGUUCGGUAUUGGCGAUGGCAAUCUACAGUAUUAUCUGUACAAUUGGAAAUGUCCCAGCAUGGGAUCAGAAAAGGUUGGUCUGGUGCUGCAGUGACAUCCCUGUGUGCCAUCGUGUCCCCACCAGGCCGGGAGAGACCGCACCAUUGGGAACUGACCACCUGACUGAUGGAUUGAUGACUUCCUGCUUCAGGAAGGGAAAAACCCCCACCGCCCGCCCAUUUUUACUUUUUGACCUUUUGAACUUUGACCUGCACUACCGCUGCCAGGCAGGGAGGCAGGGAGAGUCUCCUGCUCUCCCUCCUCCCUCGAUCACAUGGACCUUAAGCCAUUGUAGUUACCAUCCAAAAUAACUGUAUUUCAUCUGAAAGCUGUCUUGAUUGUACCAAACACGCAUACACACAAGAACAGUUGGCACAGAUUACUGUAUACCAAACUCUCACUGUUGGCAUACCUGCAAAACCUACAGUACAUGUAAAUGAAAUCAAACAUUACUGCGGAUUAUGCCCUAACGCAUACAGACUAGAAUCUAUGGUUUUAUUUUAUUCAUAAAUGUUAAAAGUGCUUUUUGCAGUUAAAAUAAAUGACAUCCUUCAGUUUUAGAGAUUAAAAAA